UCAAACCCUGCUUUUAGCUCAUGUCACGUGCAUGGCAUUAGUAGCUGAAAAUUACGGUUGUGGAAGAGUUUUUCCAAAGUGUCAGCUCAAAGGGGUGUUGAUACAAAUGAAGUAUUAGGAGAGUUAAUGUUGAAAUCAAAGCAGCUGAUAUUUUUGUGUAUCUAUUUGCAUAUUAUAAGUAUCUUGUUGACCAGUAAUUGAGGUUCAUCCAGAACAUAAAGUAAUGAAUUUUAAGUCCUGCAUAUUUUCUCUCUGAUUUGGUGAUUAGCCUAAGUCCCAGUCUUUCUGUGAGCUCUACACCAGAGAACUUCUCCAAAUCAUGCCCUGAUAAGGCUGAUUAGCAUGAUUGUUAGUACGUCCCCGUGUUCAGUUCUGUGAUUUUUCACCUCUUGUACAUGAAAAAUAAACCAUUUUUGCUUCUCACCCAAACACACUGUUUUAAGAGCAGGUAACACUACCUUAAAUAGCCAAUGUCAACUAAUAGAUUAAUGCUGAUCUGCUUUUCUCCAGUGUUUAAUAAAUGCUGAGCAGAUUUGGAUAAGUCAGCAAGCAAAUCUCAAAAGUGACUGGAGUAAUGAGUAUAUGUUGAAUCAUACUGUUUGAUUUUGCUUUUAAUGAAGUUAUGUUAUUUUAGAGAAAAUUUAUGUUCCAUAGAAACUGGGAAAGAUUCUAAUUAAUUGAAUAGAAUGGUCUUUGAAGCUGUAAAUGUGUCUGUCUUAUGCAGGUGCCAUAAACAUUAGGAAUUUUCUAGAUUUGCUUAGGCAUGAGUAUACCAAUAGCUGCAAUAAGCUUGAGUUCAGCCUUAGGGCCCCAGCUACCAGCCAUUUGUCCUGCUGCUCUUUGAGCUGUGGUGGAUAUUCUGGCCAAACAUAAAAAAGACCCUACUGAAUUUCAGGAAAUUAAAAAAACCCCUGAAAUUAAAGCUCUGUUACUUUCAUGCCUUUCUCUACCGAGGGAUUAUUGGAAUGUGUUGCUGUAGGCCCCAUUUUCAGGACAGCCAGCAGCAGAACUCCCCAUUUCUUCCCUUGGCUCUUAGCAGCGUUGCCCACGCUAUUGACUGCUCUGUUGAGUACUUUAUGUAACCUCCCACCCUGGGCUUGCUCUCACCUGGCAGAACUGGCCAGGCCUUCGAGUGUCUGCCUUACAAUUCCCCCUGUUCUCAUGCACACAGGCAGUUUGCAGUGGAUGGCCCUCUCCAUCACUCCUAGAAAAACACUUCCUUGGGAACUCUGUAGAGUGCAAGCACGAGUUUUAUGUUGAAUAGAUUCAGUGUGGACAAGAUUAAGCAUGUAAAAACAAAACGCUGCAUGGUUGUAGAAUGGCAAAAGCAGCCAAGAAGGGCUUAACACUUAUUACAGGGAGUCUGAAAGGUGCCUGUUAUUACUGUUGGUGUUUAGUUUUUGUAAUUCAGCUCUUCAGCUUGCUCUAAGAUUGUGAAAAAAGAAAAAAGACACUUGACCUUGACCUCAGUACAGCUUGACCCCAGUGUUACUUCUUUUCUUGUUCUCAUAGUACUUUCCUUAUAUUUAAGGAAAAUUUUAACAGCCAAAUCACCUGACCCUACAGCAGAAGGGGACUUAGCCUAGGGAGUGCCACACAUAAGUUUUAUUCUUUUGAAGGGAAAAAAAUGCCUCCUGGUAGGCAGCCAGCCAGUGCAGGUGGAAUUUGCCUUCACUUGAUUAUAAUCAGCUUUGUCCCUUUGUUGAUGUCACCUCAGCUAUAUGUUGUUGCCACCUUCUUAUCCAACCACUUUCUGUCAUAAAGCUCAGCAGGAAAAAUAAACUGAGGCCAAAACAACAUAUGGAAGUGUCUUGGCAAGAUUUGGCUGUUCAUUUGAAGUGUUUUUCUUUUUUCUGUGGGUAGGAGAUGAAGUCAGAGCUGUGUUGUUUCAUAUAUAAGGAUCAUUAUUUUUAGACCAGUGGCAGUUCUUAGCCUCUGCAUGUAAUCUGCUCAGACAGAGCCACGCGAGGCAGCAGGGUUUGCAUGAACUGUCUGUGGGGCUCAGUCACUGAUGUUGAAUAUAACUUGAGCAUUGGAGGUGUGAAUGCUCAAAGCACUGAAUUAUGUGGUUCAUCUAUGUCAAGGUCUUUUAGGCAUGGCAGAUUUGUGAUAAAAGCUUUUCAUAAAAGCAGUUGUUAGUCUGCUGGAGUUCGAUGUCAACCAGGGGAGAUCCAGGCCUGUCCUUCGACUGUGGCCGAAGUGCCCCUGAGUUGGAGAGAGUGCGUGUAUUGCAGCCAUGAAUCUCUGCAUGCUCCCAGCAGCCAGGGACAGUGCAUGUAGAGGGAAUUUUGGCACAUUUAAAGGUUAUCAGGGCCCAUUCUGAAAAACACCAGCUGAACCACGUGCAUUUGGUACUGCCAGUGGGAAGGUUUGCCUAGGGUGUCAUCCCUCAAGCUAUACAUAGCAAACUCAAAGCUUCUUACAGAGAAACCUCUUACCAGUCACUUUCCACAAAUGGUGCCUAUACCUAAAGGUACUUAGUGAAAAUCCUUGAGAGGUAUUUAAUGCAAAAGCAGUUAGUUUCCCUGGUGUUUUUCAGAAGCCUUCACACACCACUAGCAGGGAGAAGUGCAGUGCAGCUACAGCACAGCUCCUGGGCCAGUUACUCAUUUUGUUUGAACCCGGCUCUGCCACCCCAAGGGCUUGCCAAGAUGUGUGACAUGGGGGGGCUCGAUAACCUGAUUGCCAACACUGCCUACCUCCAGGCAAGGAAGAGUGGAGAAGGAGACACCAAGGAAAUGCAAAAGAGGCGUAAGAGCCUCUCGCUGCCCAAGAUUGAGGAGUGCAAAGACCAUAGAGAGUCCGUUGCUGGUGAUUAUGACAGCAUCUGUGAACAGCAGCCUAUUGGCAAGAAAUUCUUCAGAGACUUUUUAGAGACAGUGCCAGAAUAUUUGGUAGCUAGGGACUUCCUGGAUGAGGUGUCAAGCUGGGAGUUGGCAGAGGACAAUCUCAAGAGCAGUAGCAUGGAGAAUAUUGUCACCAAUUUUCUUAAGGAAGGCGCCAAAAACUAUCUGUCUUUCAUGAGCUCUGACUUGGUCAGCAAAUGCAAAGCAGCUACUGCAAAAGACUAUGAGAACAUCGUGCAGCUGGCCAAGGAGGAAACCAAAGUCUUCUUUAAAGACAAGCCCUUCCAGGACUUCCAGAACAGCCCCUUCUAUGACAAAUUCAUCCAAUGGAAAGUGUUUGAGAAGCAACCAGUAACUGAUAAAUACUUCUCUGAGUUCCGAGUGCUGGGCAAAGGUGGCUUUGGAGAGGUUUGUGCCAUCCAGGUCAAAAAUACUGGCAAGAUGUAUGCCUGCAAGAAACUGGAUAAGAAAAGGUUGAAAAAGAAAAGUGGAGAGAAGAUGGCACUGCUGGAGAAAGAGAUUCUGGAGAAGGUCAACAGCCCUUUCAUAGUCACACUAGCUUAUGCCUAUGAGACCAAAACCCAUCUGUGUCUUGUUAUGAGCCUCAUGAAUGGAGGGGAUCUGAAGUAUCACAUCUACAAUGUGGGAGAAAGGGGUUUGGAAAUGAAAAGGAUCAUCUUUUACUCAGCUCAGAUCACCUGUGGGAUUCUGCAUCUCCAUUCCAUCAAAAUUGUGUACCGGGAUAUGAAACCAGAGAAUGUCCUCCUGGAUGAUAAUGGGAAUUGCAGACUGUCUGAUCUUGGACUGGCCGUGCAAGUCAAAGAGGGAAAAAGCAUCACCCAGAGGGCUGGGACAAAUGGCUACAUGGCUCCAGAAAUCCUGAAGGAAGAGGACUACAGCUACCCCGUGGACUGGUUUGCUAUGGGCUGUACUAUUUAUGAGAUGGUUGCUGGGAGAACACCAUUCAAGGAUUUCAAAGAAAAGGUCAAUAAGGAUGAGGUUAGAAGAAGAACUCUGGAAGAUGAGGUGAAGUUUGAACAUGCCAGCUUUACAGAGGAAGCGAAAGAUAUUUGCAAGCUGUUUUUGGCUAAGAAAAAAGAGGACCGUUUAGGAAGCAGGAAUGAAGACGAUGACCCAAGAAAGCACAGCUUCUUCAAAACGAUAAAUUUCCACAGGUUAGAGGCAAACCUUGUUGACCCUCCAUUUGUGCCAGAUCCAUCAGUUGUCUAUGCCAAAGAUGUUGCAGACAUUGCUGACUUCUCUGAAAUACGAGGAAUUGAGUUUGAUGACAAAGACAAGAAGUUCUUCAAAAAGUUUGCGACAGGUGCUGUCCCUAUACCCUGGCAGGAAGAAAUCAUCGAAACGGGACUGUUUGACGAACUGAACGAUCCCAACAGAGUUGUUUCUGGAGGUUAUGCAAACGGAGGGGAAGCUAAGUCAGGAGUUUGUUUGUUGUUGUAAUUAUAUCAUUACCAAAAAGAGUAGAAACCACCUCAGAACUUUACAUAUUCUGACUCUCUUUCAGAAACUCAGUACACCUGUUUGAGAAGAGCCAGCCAGUGUAAUGUGACAUUGACAGGCUGUGUAGGACCACCAGCUGAAUAGACUGUAUUAUUUUCCUUUGCUCUAAGAAAGGAGAUAUUUUUGUGUUGUUGGAGAUUAAGCAAAUGAAGAACCAUAUUUCUCCAAGAAGUUUAGAAUAGAAAUUCUGAAAUACAGAAAGCAAUGAUAGAAUGAAGAGUCAAAAGCUUUUGAAAAUGACUGUUACUGCUUUGAAUACAAUGAAUCAUUGGUUUUCUUUCUUUUUUCUUGUUAUUUCUACUAACAUUUCCUCUUUAUUCCACAGUUUUCAGGAAGGAUUUUUUCAUUUUCAGGUAAUCUCGGACAGUGGAGCUCAUAUACCCUGUCAAACUUGGAAUCUUACUGGCUAGCCAGUCUGUCUGUUAAACUCUGUUAGGUUUUGGGUGGUUUAUUGUAAUAUGUUCAGAUUGUCAUAAGAUAUAAAGAAAGCUCUACAUGUCACUUGGAAAUGAGAACAACAGGAUCAAACUCUUUGCAAAAGUGAUUUUAAUGGAGUGAAGAUAAGAUUGCACCAAUUUAAUGGAAUAAAGCAAUUAUUUAUUAUUAUUAAGUGUAUUCUUACAAGUGAUAAUACUAUAUACAAAGAAAAUAUAUUUACAAGUAAAUACAUAUUCUUUUUGACAAUUUUAAACUUUUAUCAGAUUUCCUGAUAAUUUUUCUGUAUUUUGGUGAUAAAUUAAACUACAGAUAGACCAAAGCAAUUUGUAAUUGAUUUUUACAAGACAUUUGUUUCAGUGUAAUGUAGAUUUUAAUUCAAGUUGCAAAAUGCAUGAUACUGUUAAGUGAUGUAAUUGUGAAAAAGUUAUGUAUGCAAAUUGAAACUAUCUUCAAAUGUUUAUUGAUUCUCAUGGAAAUUUUGAAGUGUUUUUAUUUUUCAAUUUUAUGACAACCUAAAUUGAAUUACUUGGGAAUAUUGCUAUGAAUACUUGCUACUGGUGAAGUGUAUUACUCAUGAGAGGCCUCCUGCUGAUUUUCUGUGAUAAGAAAAUAGGCAGUUGUUCUUUGCACAGCUUUUAAAACUGACCCUGCACAUGCUGGUCACUGUCAUCUAUCCAGCUGUAAUUUCCAUUGACUAAAGUGGAAGUGGAAGCUGCUUCAUUCCUUGUAGUCCUGGAGGCUGCAAAUGUCCCAUUUUCUGUUUUUCAUACAGCAAACUUCCUACUGAACUCAAGGACUUCUUUUGGCUAGACACUGGUAUUAACUCACGUGUGUUUCAGCGAGGAGAACCUGUAUAUAAAGUGUCUUCUGUACUCAGGUCUGUCCUGUGGAGCACAGAGCAUUGGUAAUUAUUUGUGACCUAAUAGCACAUCCCAGACUCUUUAAGUUUUAAAUACUGUAAGUGUUUUAGUCACAGCUAAGUAAUACAUUGGUAAUACUUUGUGUUGUUCUGAGUAGAAAAAGAAUUGCUCUUUUUUCCUUUUAAAUUUGCUUUUCCGGUGCUUUAUAUACUUAAUAUUGAAGUGAAAAAUCAAGAACAGUUGUACUGAGGAUUAGUGGGUAAUUCUGUUCAUGAAUUAUGAGCAUAAAAUUGUCUGCCUUUUGAAUGGAAACUUUCUGUCAAAUAAUUUAAAACUAUAUAAGCUGAA